UUACUCUUUAAUUUAUUAGCUCAUUGUUAGCAUUAAAUUAAUUUUCAUGACUCACAUUAAUGCAUUGGAUACAACCCAGCUCACUCUCAAACAUCUAGGUAGAAAUCUGAUUCUUCAAGAUUGCUGGGUUGGUUGUUUUACAUUAUUUUUCAAUGGCCUGUAUGAUUUCAGUUUUGAUUUCCUUAAUGAUGUCAACAAUUCUUUAUCAUUCUUUAAAUCAGAACUUACGAUCUGUUCACACAAGAAAUCACAUGUACCCAUGUUACUCUCUAACUAUUAUAUGAAUAUUUUAUUGGAUAUCGAUUUAUGCAUUGAUAAAUCUCUCUCUAUUAUAAGGGCUUCUUCAACCCCAUCACACAUUUGUGAAGGUUCUUGUGAAAAAUGGUGACAGCUCCAUUGGCGUCGUUAGCCUCAAAUGGUGAAACAAUUCCCCUUGUUGGGUUGGGAACAGCUGAAUUUCCUUUCAACUCAACUCGUGACACCGCAAAACAAGCUGCUCUCCAUGCAAUUCAACUCGGCUACAGACAUUUUGAUACAGCCGCACUCUACGGCACCGAGCAAGCUCUUGGCGAAGCCAUAGUUGAAGCUUUACGUCUUGGCCUCAUCAAAUCGCGCGAUGAGCUUUUUAUCACUUCAAAGCUUUGGGCCAGCAAUGCUCACCGUGAUCUUGUCCUCCCGGCAAUUAAGAACACUCUCAAGAAUCUGGGGUUGGAUUACCUUGAUCUUUAUCUCGUUCAUUUUCCGUUCAGAUUGACACCGAACACGGGGUUUCCAUUUGAAAAAAAGGAGAUUCUUCCAAUAGAUUUGAAAUCUGUUUGGGAGGCCAUGGAGGAGUGUCAAAAGCUUGGUCUUACCAAAUCAAUAGGGGUCGGAAACUUUUCGGUCAAGAAGCUUGAGAAAUUACUAGCCACCGCUAAAAUCCCUCCUGCUGUUGAUCAAGUGGAGAUGAAUCCGGUUUGGCAGCAAAAGAAGCUGAGAGAGUUCUGUAAGAAAAAGGGUAUUCAUGUAACAGCUUACUCGCCAUUGGGAGCAAAGGGAACUCCAUGGGGAACUGACCGUGUCUUGGACUCUGAAGUGCUCAAAGAGAUUGCUAGCAGUAGAAGGAAGUCAGCUGCUCAGGUUUCUCUAAGGUGGGUUCACGAGCAAGGAGUAAGUUUAGUUGUGAAGAGCUUUGAUGAAGGAAGAAUGAAAGAGAACCUGGAUAUCUUUGACUGGAGUUUAAGUGAAGAAGAGCUACACAAGAUAGCGCAUAUUCCACAAGUAAGAGGAAAUCCUGCUGAUUUUGCGGUAUCAGAAGAAGGUCCUUACAAGUCCAUUGAGGAGUUUUGGGAUGGAGAAAUCUAGAGUAUUGCACUAUAUCAUGUCAAUCUUAUCAUCAUUUAAUUACAUAAUUAAUAUGAUUAAUGGUUUCAAAUUCAAAAUUGAAU